AUGCCUGAUUUGUCUCAUUUCCUAUCUGAAGAAGCGAAACGGCGCAAGCCCUCGCCUCUCAAGGAGGCUUUUGUGCACUUUACCAACCCCAAAAUCUGCUCUCUGGGUGGUGGCUUGCCCCUUCCCGACCUGUUCCCGUACGACAAGGUCAGUGCCAAGGCUCUGGCAGCUCCUUUCAACGAGGGAAUUGACAAGGACAUUCUUGAGGCCAAGGAUACUAUUGACAUUGAGGUGUACAAGAAGGAUGUUGAGGAGUUUGAUGAUAUCAACCUCUCUAUUUCUUUGCAGUACGGCCAGUCUCACGGUAACGUGCUGCUCCGGGAGUACAUCAAGGAGCACACACGCCGUGUCCACCACGUUGGCUACGACGACUGGGAUGUUGUCUUGACUAUUGGCAACACCUACGGUUUGGACGCUACAGUGCGCACUUUUGUCAACCCCGGCGAGCCUGUUCUGGUUGAGGAGUUCUCGUUUUCCUCUGCGCUGGAGUGCAUGCGUGCUAACGGGGCUAUUCCUGUUGGCGUCAAGAUGGAUCUGGAUGGUAUUAUCCCUGAGGUUCUUGAGACUCAACUUGCCAACUGGGUUGGUCCCAAGCCCAAGUACUUGUACACGAUCCCUACCGGCCAGAACCCCACUGGGUCCACGCUUUCUCCUGAGCGUCGUCAGGCUAUUUACAAAAUUGCUCAAAAGUACGACUUCCUAAUUGUUGAGGACGAGCCCUACUACUACUUGCAGAUGCCCGUUUACGAAAAAGGAGCUAAGCAUGAACAGCACCUUGAUCGGGACGGCCUGAUCAAGUCCCUGGCUCCGUCUUUCCUUGACUACGAUGUCGAUGGUCGCGUUGUUCGUCUGGACAGUUUCUCCAAGGUGCUGGCUCCUGGAACCCGCAUUGGCUGGAUUGUUGCUAACAAGAUGUUCUUGGAGCGCUACUUGCGCCUCUUGGAAAGCACUUGCCAGGUUCCUUCUGGUUUCUCCCAGAGUUUGGUUUAUGGUUUACUCACUCGUUGGGGCCAGGACGGUUAUCUCGACUGGCUGAUCAAGCUGCGUGAAUUUUACACCAAGAAGCGUGACGUCACUUGCGACGCCAUCUACCGGGAGCUGCCCGCCGGCAAGUACGAGCUGGUUCCGCCUACCUCGGGUAUGUUCUUCUGGCUGAAGAUCGAUGCCCGUCGCUUCAAGGACUACGAGAAGUACAACGCCGACGCCAAAGCUAUUGAGAUGAAGCUGUAUGAGCUCGGUGUUGAGAACGGUGUCUUCCUGGUUCCCGGCCACUGGUUCUUUGCCCCGGACAAUACCGACCCUCCCCAGCCUCGCGCAGUCGAGGAGUCAGAAGAUGAUAAAAACGCCAUGUUCUUCCGCGGCACUUUCGCCUCGGUCCCCGACGACAAACUUGUCCUGGCCAUCCAACGUUGGGCCAAGACCAUGAACGAGUACCUCAAGUAG